AUGGGCAAACGUUUUCUUUGUGACUACUGUGACAAGUCAUUCCCAGAUAAUCCAGUUAACCGAAGAAACCAUCUCAAAGGUGUUCAGCAUCAGCAAGCUCGAAAAUCGCACUAUGAUCAAUUUCUUGAUCCCAGAGAAAAGCUUAGUAUAGAAAAAACGAAAAAGCCAUGUCUUUCAUUUCGUAAUUCAGGUUCCUGUAGUUAUGGAGUAUUGUGCAGAUAUUCUCACUUAACUGUCGAAGAGAUGCAAAUUUUAGAGGAGAAAGCUAAUGCCCAGUUCACCGCUUCAUCUUACGUGAACCAUUUGACUUCAGAAGUGAACAUUGAUAGUCAAAUACAGUUACUGGAGUCAAAAAUGUUAGCUAGGCGUGAUAAGCUCUUGACUUCCAAACAAACGCAAAGAUUUCGCAUACCCGAAGGUUUGCAAUUGAUUGGUUUGCCUCCAUCAUUGUCGUUUAGAUCACAUUGUUCCAACAAUUGA